AUUUUAUUUGACAUCACAAAUAAUUUCAUUCUAUUUGAAUAGAUUUCAACAUCAGCAUAAUAUCUCUGACCGUAUUACUCAUCAGUUGUGAAUGUCGCAAAAAAUUUAAAAAGGACAACUCAUCUGAUAAGGACAUAUUCCUGUCAAUUGCGGUGAUUUGGUGCGUCGCUGGAGUUUCUGCUAUUCCGACGUGGUUUACAACUGGAUAUGAGGACGAAUCGGAGUGCUGUGUCAAGGUGGUUUAAAUACAUAUGUUUUACUUACUGAAGCAAUCAUGCCCAACUAAUUAAAAUAUUUUAUGAUAGAAAAUACUGAUGAAUUCGCUAAUAACUGAGAUAAUACAAGAAAUCGUGAGAUGCAUCAUCUUUCAUGUGACCAUACCUGUAUUGGUUGGAUGGGAACUGUAUAAAAUACGGUCAAAAUUUAAGCUGUGCUACAAACUGAAGGCCAAAACCACCUCACUAAAAAUGAUGAAAACUGUUCAAAAUGUCCGAUUCAUGUACACGCACUCUGCCAUAUUCAUCUUGCUCUGGUUUCCCAUCGGGAUCCUGAUCUCAUAUUACAGAAUUUUCGAAAUGCCAGGAAUUACUAAUUGCCUGAAUCCGGAUAACACUAAUCACCCAAUUUACUACGCUGUUGGGAUAGCAUUCUGCAUUUACAUCAUAAUCUGUCCCGUACUCAUUUACUCGAUGAGUGGAAUGUUUUACGUCAAGAAGACACCGAUGCGAUUGGUUUCGCCACAAAUUCGAAGAUGCAGGUCGUGUAACAAGGUGGCUCAGGUAAUGGGUGGUAAGCCUGUAAGUAUUUCGACAUGGUGUGAGGAUAACGGGUCAAUGAGGCGAAGGAGUAUGGAAAUGAUGGACUAUGGGAAAAUAAAUGGUGCUGAUGUUGUCAUUUUUAUUGGGUACGACAUGAAAAUUAAGAAAGAGGGAGAUGAUAUCGUGUUUGAUUUCGCGAGUGAGACUGGGGGUAGAAAAGAGACGUUGAUCUAAAUUUUAAAAAAAUUUGGAAAUAUGGGAAGAAUUUCUCAUGCGUUGGUUGGUAUUAUUUUAUGAGAUUGAAAAAUGAAUGAUAUGAAAGCUAUGUACCUCGCACAGUAAAUUUGCAGUACCUGGUUUUGGAGACCCUUAGUCGUCUUGGGCUAUAAUUAUUUAUGUAUCUCUGAUUGGAUAUGUUACGUUGUAGUAUGCAGAUAAAUGAUGGAAAUCGUUGCAAUUUUGGUUUGUUGUAUUGAAAAGAAAAAAAAUACCUGAGUAAUUUAAUUGUUUGGAUUGAAAAUUCGAAUUACUAUAUAAAUAUAAAUAUAUAAAUAUCUCACUCAAAAUGUCGAAAGAUAGAGUAAAAACAAACUUUUCUUUCGAAUUUCCACUAAAUCUCUGUGUAUUCCAAUUUGUUUGAAUUGAUUGAAAGAAGUGGGGAGAAAGUAUAUGUUGAAUUUUGCUGUUUAAUGUAUUUAUGUGUACAUAUAUAUGUAGUACGCACUUCAAAUAGUAGAGACUUAGCUGCAAAUGACACCCUUAAAUCAUAGAAUUGUGGUACCUGUGUUUAUGGACUCGGAAUUAUAAGUACUUUAAAAAUACAAAUCUCAAGUUCCCCAUGGAUUGAUAGAUUGGUGGAGAACAAUAGUUAAAGUAGUUGGUAUUCGUAUAAUCUUUGAAUUACAAAUCCAUUGAAUCUCAAUUAGUACAAGAAGUACAAAAGUUUCAACUACUUACAAAUCUAUGUACAAAUUUGCUUCAGAAACUUUCACCAAGUUGCGUCAGUUUGGUAAGUAAAAAUAUUUUGAUGACAAAGGGAAAGAUUAUACGUAGUACAAAAAAACAGUACACUAGAAGAUUCAACUACAUGUAAAUAUGUACAUAUAUAAUAUUAACUAAAAUUAAAAAUGUAAUUGUUAAGUCAAUACAAAAUGCUGCGCAGCACAAUGAGUUGUAAAUACACACAAUGAUGAAUUAGUGAAUAUCAGUAGUAUACAAAAAUAGGUUACAUGUGAUGGAUUUUCGUAGAAUUUUGAUCUCCACCCCCUCGUGUGACCUAUGUAUUUUCCCCAUGUUAUAAUUAACAUGGAAAAGAUAGAAUGCUGUGACCUUUACCCCUCAAAUCGAUCACAUGCUUUUUGAACAGUCCCUACUUGAUAGUUUACCAAGUCAAGAAAUUAAUUCGACAACCAACACAACUUUAUGUUAUAGAAAUACGAAAUAGAUUUAUGCAUGAUUGUCAACACCUUAAAAACAUGUUCGUUUAGCUCAACUAGAAAAAAACAUGAAAGAUGAAACUGUGCAUAUGUACAUCUGCAUGUAAAAAAACUGUUACAUAAGCCCCUCCAUCGCAACUUUUACUUCAUGUUCAACAAUCACUCUUAAAUUAUUUUUCUUGUCUAAUAUUAAAAUGUUGUAU